UCUUUUAUAAGUCAAAUGGCAAAAAUGAUCGAAUCUUUUGGCGAUAUGGAAAAAAUGACCGAAGCAUCUUUCCUCCUCCUCACCAAUCUUGUCCAAAGUAUAAAAAUUGUUGUUUUUAACAUCUACCGUCCCCGAGUAUGGCAGUUGGUGGAAAGUAUGAAUCGAGAAGCUUUCAAGCCACGAAAUGUAGAACAAUACAAUAUGUUACUUCGAGAAAUAAAAAAAUCAAAAUUAAUAACAAUCUCAUUUUUAAUUGCUUGUGUUAUCACUUGUGCUUCUUGGGGUAUUUCACCUUUGCUUGACACAACUGUUACCAAUGGAAGAAAGUUGCCUUUAAGUGGAUGGUAUCCCUUUGAAACGGAAGCCUCACCUAUCUUUGAGUUAACAUACGCAUAUCAAAUGUUUGUUACAACAGUUGGAGGAUUGGGAAAUAUUAGUAUGGACACAUUUUUGUCUGGAUGUAUUAUGAAUCUUUCGGCACAAAUAAGUGUCUUAAAUAAUGCUCUGGAAAAUAUGAAAUCACAACAGGUGAACACUGAUGAAAAAACUAAUGAAAGUCUAAUCAAAAAUGUUGUACAUCAUCGAAAUAUUCUGCAAUUUGCAGAAGAAUUUACUAAUCUUUUCACAACUUGUAUUACUGGAAUGUUUGUCGUUGGAGUUAUUAUAGUAUGUAUAUCGAUGUUUCAAAUGAGUUUGGUGCCAGUUUUGAGUUUUCGAUUUUUGGCAAUGUUGCUUUACCAGAUUUGUAUUUUGGAAGAAAUGUAUUUGUGGUGUUAUUACGGGAAUGAAGUGAUUUUGAAAAGCAAUAAAUUAACAGAAUCAGCAUAUAAAUGUCAGUGGAUCGACAGUUCAAAAGAGUUUAAACAACAUUUAUUAUAUUUUAUGACACGAACUCAAAUUCCUUUAAAUUUGUACUCUUCGGGUUACUUUGUACUGUCUCUGGAAACUUUUAAAGCAAUUGUGAAAUCAUCGUGGUCCUACUUUGCAGUUUUAAAUCAAGUUCAUUCGAAACAAAUAGAUUAGUUACUACAUGUUAAUCCUG